AAGUGAAACUCAUUUUCAGGACAUCUGCCCUGUCCCCUCUCUUUCACUUGCAAUGGUCGGCGAGGAAGCAGCUGCGCUACAGAAUGGUGCCAUCAACGGUCACGGAGCCCCCGCAGAUGCCGAAGAGGACGCUGCUGAUCAUCUCCAAACCGUACAGAUUCUUGCACUACCUCGCAGAAAAAAUGAUCACGAAGAUGUGAAACUCACCUUUGCAAUGUUUGCAAAAGCCAUUGAAACUAUCGGCAAAGAGCUUUUUGUCCUUGCCAACGAAUGGCAGGGAGGCAAAUAUGAGCGUCGCUACGAAUACCAAAACCUUAAUGGAGGAGAAACACCUCUAAAACCCGUCUUUCCCAAACAUGUUAUGUCUCUUCCAAAAAUGGAGGCAUUCGAGUCCUCCAAAAUUGGAGCUCUUGUCGCCAGGGCCCAUGUUUUUAUGCGCAGUCAACUGCCACUCCUUGCUCGCCUAGACGAUAAUCCAUCGCAAGCCUUCGCGGACGUUAGAUAUGAUGUUUUCAAGGCAUUUUUCGGAGAGACCGAUUUGUUUCCGAUGCCACGCGGCAUCCUGUCAGAAGAAGUUGAUUUUUGGCAGCAAGACGAAGUUUUUGCCGAUCAAUUCCUCAACGGCUGCAAUCCCACAGUGAUAGAGAAGCCCCGUGACCUUGAUGAAGUGAAGAGGCAGAUGCCUCUGGAAUUGCGCAAUUUACGCGCACCACAACCAGAUGGACGGAGUGUAGAAAAACUACUGGAAGAAAACGCCCUGUUCUGGGCAGACUACAAGAUGCUCGCCGUGCGGGGGAUCUCCAAAGGUCUCGACCAGACUUCUGGAGCCUACACUAAUUCGAUUAAAUUCGAUCCCGUGGGAGAGUAUGAAACUAUGACGAAGUACUUUUAUGCACCUUUCGUUGCAUUCUACAAGAAAAAAGUAUCGGGGCGACUAGGUGUGCUAGGCAUUGUUCUUACUAGGGACCAAGAAGCGGCGAAUGCCGUGUACAACGAGGAGACGUGUAAGGAUAGGCCGAACAUUUACACAUUUGCGAAAAUGCAUGUUGCAUGUGCUGAUAAUCAGACACAUCAAUUCUACUAUCAUCUUGGAAGGUGUCACCUCACUUUCGAACCAUUUGGCGUUGCGGUGCGAAAUGUCUUCCAGUUUGGUGAAGAAGAAGCACAGAAUCAUGCUGUUGGAUUGCUUCUUGCACCCCAUUUUAAGGAUCACAUGGCUAUCAACUGGCUGGCGAGAAAGACGCUUCUCGCUCACGGGGAGGAGGCGAUCCCGUUUACAGAUGCUGGUUUCGCUCUCGGUAUCAAUGGGGGGCAGGCCUUCCUCGCGAAGAAGUAUUCUCAAUGGAAUUUCCGACAUCAAGCCUUCCCAAAACAACUUCAAUUGCGAGGCUUUAAUCCUGACGGUUCUGACGGCUUAAAUUACUACUACCGGUCUGAUGGUAUGCGUAUUUGGAAAGCUCUGUCACGCUAUGUACGAACGACAUUGGAGAAAUUUUACUCAGCCGCGACAGAAGCAGAACGAAACAAGAAGAUAUGCGACGACGUAGUUCUUGAUCGGUGGUGCACGGAAAUGCGUGAUCGAGACCGCGCAUUUGUGAGGUCAUUCCCCGCUAAGUUUGAUGACUUGGACAAGCUAUGUGAGACGGUGACAACGAUCAUGUACAAUGUGUCAGCUGAACAUGCCGCUGUUAAUGCAAGUCAAGAGCGAUACCUUUCAUACGUCCCGAAUCGUCCGAACGCCUUGUUUCGUCCGGUCCCAAAACCUGGUGCAGAGAGAGACAUGGACCUCAUUAAGGAAGUUCUGGGAAUUCAUAGGAUGGGAGGUAAUGAUCUUGGUGCUUCGCUACCACUCGGAUUUGCGAUGUUUCAGGUACAAUUCUGUCAACUCUUAACACUGCAACCGACGAAGACACUUAUGGAGCUGGAUGAUCUGAAGGAUUCGUGUCCAGAGGCAUAUAAUGGUUUGAUGAAGGACCUGGAAAAGGCACAUUACGUGAUUAAGGCUAGAAAUUUGACAAUCGAGGAUGAAACACCGCAUCUUGCCCCUUAUGAAUUUCUUGACCCAGUGCAAAUCGCACAGUCGAUUGAGAUGUAGACGGGCACUGAAGUUGUUCUUUUACAGGCGGUGAUUACGAUACAUAUAAUAUGGAGCACACAUGAGUGGAAUUUUAAGGCAAUUAGUCAAAGUGUAUUGUACGGUAUGCACGACAGAAUAGUGGCUGUCCGCCGAAAUCGCCGUACAGGGUUAGUUGUAGCUAGUGAGCACCGGGAUAGGAAAAAGACUGCGGAAGUGAAGUGAAGUGAACCCGGUGGAGACAAAUCAGGCUGCAUUCCGUUCUUCCGGGAAACCGUGAUUUGUAAAUGGGUAGUCGCUUGUGCCGACGUACUGCUUUCUGAAAGAGAAACGGGUUGAAUGACACGUGUAGCAGACGCAAGAACAAGCCAU